GAAGUAGACAAACAGAGGACUGCGCAUCGAUCGGUGGUGUCGCGCAUCUCAAUGCUCUGUGCAACUCGCAUUCAAGAGGCUGUUUGGACAGCGUCUCAAGUGUUCGUGCAAAUGCCUUCAUCGGUCCAUCGGGAUGACGGCAUAUGCCGUGCCCUCUCCUGCUUCCUCAGCCUCUUGUGUGCACACACACAGGACAGAAUUGGCGAUGGAAUGAAUGCGAUGACGAGUUUCACACCUUAUUCCGCUUUGUUGGAUGGCAUUGGUGGCGGUGGCGACAGCAGGAGCGCCUUUAGGGCAAUGUUGCUGGAUAGCGGUUGGGGAAGCGUAUUGCAUAAACAUCGCAACGACCGCACUAAAAUGACGGUCCUCCUCCUCUUCCUCCUCCUCCUCCUCCUCAUCAUCAUCAUCACCUCACCACGGACUGUGCUUGAGGCCAGAGAUGCACCAACUAGUCCGCUGUUGUGCACCACGUGGCAGCACGAAGGCGACAAGCAGUGGUCUUCAAAAAACCUGAAUUUCACAUCCUCACCCACUUCCGUACAACCUGAAGACCGUUGUCGGACUGCGGAAGGUUGCGUAAUGCGAGAAGGUUUUUGUGGAUUUGUAGUGGAACAUUUGGUGUCUGGGAAUAGAGCAAAGUGUUUUGCAUCACCUUUGAAACAGCGACGUCUACAGUUUGACGAUGCAGGUAUUGUAUUCUUUAACUGGGCGGACGCGGUGGAUCCACGAGUGUGUCAUGAUACGGUAACACCAACGUCAACUGUGCCUCCGCCUAGCAACCUAGUCCGUCGCCACGGCACCGUGGCAACACCAACUCUGGAAUUGGAGAAGCCGGCGAUUCCGGAGGGUAACACACGUUCUGCUGCUGCUACACCGGUUCCACCGACACCGCUUGCUCCUCCCUACUCCACUGGUUCACUUUCCUCUACCUCCAUCUCUACCUCCGCUUCACCUGCUCUUCCACUUUCUACCUACUCUGAGAUUUGGCGAGUUAUUGCUGCCAUUCUCGAUCCUGAGUGCGGCUUAACCUUCAUAACAGGCACGCCGCUUCUCCCAAAACACACAUUCUGUGCCUACGACCUCACGAGUUGGCUCUCACGAAAUCUCGUUGAUGUAUCUUCAACGGGUGCGGCGGUGAAAUAUGCACAGAGCCUUCUGAAUGGCGGCUAUAUUUGUCAUGCCUCUGGAAAUCGAGCUCACAAGUUCCUCAACGGCUUCUUCCUCUACACCAUUCUUGCAGAAGCCACCAGUUCGUCGAGUACUCAGGAGACCAGUGAUCUUCUAAGUGGUCGGAAAUCGGCAGGUGACGCAGAGGCAGUUAAAUCUUCGGACAUUCGGAAGAUUUCCUUCCCUACCAACUAUUUGCCACCCUCUAGCACCUCCCCACUUGGCAGCUUCUCUACAGACUUCCAGAAGGAAUGGGUUGAAGUUCUCGUGGUGCAAGAGGCACCCGCUGCCACCCAUCCAGUCACUUCGCGUCCUCGCCUCACUUCCACUUUCUAUUCCUCGCCUCCGUCUCAGGAUGAACAAGACUCUCAGUUGGUAAAUGGGCUCUUGAGCACUGCAGGCUUGGGCCGUGUGUUUGGUGUGGAAAACACUUCUGGUAUUCAUGUGGGAUCGGAGGGUGUACUAAGAAAACGAGUAACGAGGGACCUCCGGGAUACAUCUAUCACUACUGCCACCGCAGCAGCCUUGAAGCGCCAUCCAGAAUGGUACUGCCUCCUCUACGAUCUCAACUACCAUCCCACGUGUGCCUUUGCGCUGGAGAUCCAGUGGCUUGUUGCUUCAGCAAGUCGCCUCAAUGAAAUGGUUUGUCGUUGUUCUUUACUGCAUUGGUUUCUCCUUUGA